GGGUCGGGGAAGAGUUUUGUUCUCUCCGGAGGAGGAAGGAGGUCGAGAGGAUGAACGGAGUGACGAGGAGUCUGUGCACGGUGGAGGAUGUCCGGUUCGACGACAGAGCCGCGGAGGGCUGCAGGCGGGUGCGUCUCACUUUGCUCGACCAGAACCAGGCGGCGAGCGGCGGCGGCGGGCAGCCCAGGGGCAAGCCAGUCGGACGUGCCUACGCUGUGGUCCAGCCGGCGAGCGAGAGCCUGAUCCCUGAACCAGUCAAACCCCAGGAGGAGAAGGUCGAGGUCUUUAAGGUGUAUCUGGAGGCCAACAGACAGGAGCAGCGCAGACAGCAGCAGAACCUGAGGAUGCUCUCGGACGAGGUUUCCCAAAUCCAGGAGGUGAGGUACUGCCUGAAGACCCUGAGGGAGCAGAUGGCAGCCAAGAGUAAGGUCAACGGGCAGAGGGCCAGCGCCACCUCCAAAAACCAUGCCUCCUCCACGUCUGAGGGCGGAGCCAAAGCUGACCAACAGGAAGCCGAGGAGGAGGCCGAGCGAGCCAAACUCAGGGAGGUCAGUAAGCGCCUGUACGCGCAGCUCCAGGAAGCCGAGAAGAAUCACCAGGAGGAAAGAGACAGGCUUCAGGCUGAAGGCACCGAGUUGAGGCGGCGUCUGAGCGACCAGGGGGAGAAGCUGAAGAACGCCGAGGAGGUCAGCGAGAGGAAGGACAGGCGCGUCGAGGAGCUCCAGAGGCUGCUGGGGGGGAUGGAGCAGGAGAGCGCCUCCCUGCGGGAGGCGAUCCGCGACCGUGAGGACGAGCUCCGGGAGCUGCGCAAGAUCCGAGAGGAGGGCCAGGAGGAAGAGCAAAGGGCAGAGCGGCUGGAGAAGGAGGUGGCAGUUCUGAAAGAAAAGAUCCACCAUCUGGACGACAUGCUCAAGAGCCAGCAGAGGAAAGUCCGACACAUGAUUGAACAGCUCCAGAACUCUCGUAUGGUGAUCCAGGAGAGGGACCGUGUGAUCAGAGAGCUGGAGGAGAAAGUGGCUUUCCUUGAGGCUGAGAACCGGGAGAUGCAUGACCAGAUGGACUACUUCCUGGGAGGGCAAAGGUCAACCUCGUACCUUUCGUCUGAGCGUAACCCUCAGAUUGUCUACAGUAAGCCGAUCAAGCCGUCCACCUCCUCUAACAAACCGCUCCCGUUCAUCAAAGUCAUCGAGAUCAAGUCGUGAAGUGGGGGUGGGGGUGCAGAACCGAGACAGGAGGACCGGAGGGAGGCCUCGCCGAUGCUUGUAACAGCAGUGAAAAUGGACUGAACCCAGACCGACCACCCUAGCACCCCAUUUCUGGCUGGCAUAUCAAUGCUGCCGAAGUAACAACACUAACACAUCCACCCAGCAUCUUACGCAACAUACACCUACCGUUAUAGGCUCUCGAAGAACACCGUUUAACGCGUGUGACGGCUCACUUGCGAUGUGAAGUUUUGAUUUUGACUUGUAUCUGCACCAGCGCGCGCUCAUGUGUGCACAUAACCUACACGUGGACUUGGCAGGUGCAGAGAACACCGUGAUAAAACUAAUCAGCAUUUGACAUUUUUCCUCCUGCACAGUCAAGUUUCUUAUUUUCCUCGCUCCCUUUUCCAAACUCUCGUGGUGUACAUACAUAGAGCCCGUGGACUUGAGUGAGAAGUCUUAAGACCCGCCUUAGGAGACAAUGGAUCAGAGCAGACAAUGGGUGUUGUGCAGACCGGUUCAAACAUUUUGGUAAAUGACGUGUAAAGGUGGUAAUAGGAGCAUGAGUUCAGUCUCCAUUGUACCCGCCCCAUGUAUCUAACUACACCUAUUCAUGACCCGGAAGAUGGCUGGAGGAACUCGAGACGGGCUUUCAGAGAACCCGUAAUUGGACGUGACACAGCCGGGAGGCGGUAAACCGAUCUGGUCUAAAUUCCGGCUCCGUUAUUCAGAACUAGAACCGUACGAAGGAAGGUUACAGAGUUUAACAUUAAAACCCCCCCACUGCACAUCAACCCUGUGACCUAAAUCCCGUAGCGUCGCACUAAAUGGUCAAACGUCUUCAUCAUUUACAACUCGGUUCUCUAGAAAGGAGGUGUGUGACCCUUUCGUGCAUACCGGCUGUAAGGCCACUGCCCUCUGCGGUGGCUUUAGCACCACUUUCUGACCAUGUAAAAACUGAGCAGAGAAUGAAGAUGACGGUUAUAACCGCAUUCGGCAAGAUCUUGGCUCCUCGCGAAUGCCAUUAUUCCAACUGGGGUCCUCACGAUGACGGGUGGGGGUCCCCCGGGGUUUUCUCCACCGUGAAGCUUUUGUAAAUAUUGUCAAUAUGUUUAUUUAUGUGAUUUGCUACUCUUCACUUCAGCGUAACGUGACAAUCUCCCUAUUUAUAACGAAUAAUAAUAAUAAAAAAAAAACCCUGUUUAGAGAUUGUGGUAGUGUCUUGUGCCGAUACUCUAUCGUAUCACGUGUUGUUCUUUUCAUUAUUUUAAUAAAUUCCUGGAAAAUGA